AUGGAAUUGCUCAAAAAAGCAUUUACUCCAAAAACAGAUAAAAUAGUCGAUGACUAUUUAGAUCUAAUUUAUAGAGAAGAAGCUGAAGACGAUGAAAAUGAAAGUACUGAUUCUGAUAAUAAUAUUCUUGCUGCCAUUGCCACAUUCCUCGAUUCAAGGUUUAAAUAUUUUAAUUGGGCAACAGACAUUGAGCGAAAUAGAGCACAGAAUUUGUUGGAAGUGAGUUUUAUACAAGCCGAAACAGAUGAUGAUAAUGAA